UUUAAUAUGUAUCGCAAUAAUCAAAGUAAAAUUAUGAAAGGCACUUUGACAUGUCGACAAUUUCCCAAAGGGAAUUUAGAAAACAUGAAUAAAUCAUCGGAAAAUCCAGAGCAAAGUUCCAUUAGAAGUACUGCGAAAAUUCUUAAUUUAUUUAAAAAACCUGUUAAAUACUGUAAUGAAGAAGGACAAAAAGAAGAUGUUUCUAUUAAGAAACAUGAAGAUAAUGCAUUAAAUGUUAAAGAAAAUUCAUUUGUUAUUGAUAAUAGUAAUAAAAUUAUUUUUCAUGUAGUAAUGGGCAAAAAAUCUACAAGAAAACAUAAAAAAUGGGAAGAUGAUGGAAUUUUGGAAGUUACAGGAAAAUAUGCAAUUUUAAAGGAUACGGAAGGCCAUAUUAUUCAUAGAACUACAGUUAAACCAGAAAGUCUUGUAGAAGGUUUUAGAAUGUACAUGGACAAUAAAGAAAUUGAGAUAAUUGAUAGAGCAACAUCUAAAUGCUUGCCCAAUGAGUCUUCUCAAAAACCAAUUCCAGAACCACCUGCUAAAAAGUUUAAAAGUUCAAGUUCUAAGUCAUGUCUUCCUUUGGGAUCUCUAUACACAGAGUUGAAAUUAAGAUGUGAUCCAUUGGUAAUGCCAUCUAUAAAUUUAUCAAAAGAUUGGGUAGAGAAUGGCACAUCAGAAAAUGAAAAAGAAGUAUCUGUAGAUACUUGUUUAGUGAAUGUACUUCGACCGCAUCAGCGUCGUGGUAUUGUAUUUCUAUAUAAAUGUAUCAUGGGAUUGAACACACCUAAUUAUUUUGGGGCAAUUUUGGCUGAUGAAAUGGGACUUGGUAAAACAUUACAAUGCAUUGCAUUCAUAUGGACUUUGUUAAAAAAAGGACCAUAUGGGCAUCCAACAGUGAAAAAUGUACUAAUAGUAACUCCUAGCAGUCUGUGUAACAAUUGGAAUAAAGAAUUUAAGCAUUGGUUGGGUUUCCAUAGAAUAUCUCCAUAUGUUGUGAAUGCUAAAAACAAACCAAAAGAUUUCAAAAAACAAAUAAGAAACUCAGUUAUGAUUAUUAGUUAUGAUAUGCUUAUCAGAUGUCAAGAAGAAAUCGAGCAAAUAGUAUUUGACUUAAUCAUAUGUGAUGAAGGUCAUAGAUUGAAAAAUAAUGAUAUAAAAGUAGCCAAGAUUUUAAAGAAUUCUAAUUGUAAAAGGAAAAUUCUGUUGACUGGAACUCCUAUGCAAAAUGAUCUACAAGAAUUUUUUUCUUUAAUUGAUUUUGUAAAUCCUGGUAUAUUGGGCAGUAACCAUGAAUUCAAAAAUUACUACGAAAAUCCUAUUGUAGCAUCACGAUGUCCUAAUGCAUCGUAUGAUGUUGUAUCUCUUGGAACCGAAAGAGCUAGUGAAUUGCACGAAAAAACUAAAUCUUUUAUAUUAAGACGUACACAAGAAACAAUUAAUGAGUAUUUACCUUCUAAACAUGAAUUAAUUAUAUUUUGCCGCUUAUCGAAUGAACAAGAAAGUUUGUAUUCACAUGUCACGGACAUAUGGUUCAACAAAAGUAUAUUAAAUAAUAGUGUGCCACAUUUAACAAUAAUAACGACUCUUAAAAAGAUUUGUAAUCAUCCGGAAUUAUUUUAUAACGAAAAAAAUGAGUUUUUGCAGAGUGACUUUAAAAAUUCAAGUAAAAUUUCUAAUAUAAAGGAUGUUUCGAAGAAAUCGUAUUGUGGAAAAAUUUCAGUUGUACAAGCAUUAAUGAGAAAUUUAAGAAAGACAGAUGAAAAACUGGUAUUAAUUUCAUAUUAUACACAAACGCUCGAUUUAUUAGAAACUGUUUGUAAUGCAGAAGGCUUACAGUUUCUUAGAUUAGACGGUAGUACAUCAAGUAGUGCAAGAUCUAAGAUUGUAGAACGAUUCAAUUCAAAAUGUGAUAACAGCAAAGUAUUUUUAUUAAGUGCAAAAGCGGGUGGAGUUGGAUUAAAUUUACCUGGUGCAUCUAGACUUAUAUUGUUUGAUUCAGACUGGAAUCCAGCAUCUGAUUCACAAGCUAUGGCAAGAAUCUGGAGGGAUGGCCAGAAAAAAGAUGUCUACAUAAUACGAUUACUAACAACAGGUACUAUUGAAGAAAAGAUAUUUCAAAGACAAAUUAACAAAGCAAGCUUAAGUGAAACUGUAGUGAAUUUAAAUUGCAUUGCUUCUCUUAAAUUGUCUACGAGUGAAUUAAAGGAUUUAUUUACAUUAACAACAAAUACAAAUUGUUUAACACAUGAUCUAAUGAAGUGUUCUUGCAAUGGCUACAAAGGGGGAGAAGAAAUAUCAAAAAAAUUACACGAAGAAAAUAAUCGGGAAUAUCAGUUUUCUUUAGGCGAGAAAACAGAAAAAUCAAAUUUCACCAUAAAUCAACUUUUAAAAUGGGAACAUUAUCAACAACCAUUUCCGGAUAAAAUAAUUCAAGUAAGCACAAUUUAA